GGAGAGGAAAAAGAAAGACGUCAAAUGUCAAAAUAUAAUGUUGAAAAUUGUCAAAUUGCCCGUGUCAGGGAAGGAUGUAGUUUGAACGACGGUCGGGUGGAAAAUUUUUAAAUUUCAAAAAGGGAAACAGAAGCUUUUCCGAAAUCGACGUCUUCCUCCCUCAGUGGAAAAUCGGUGAAAUGUAUUGAAAACUUCGGAGUCGAUAAGGGGGGGCUUCUGAUAAGUGCCAUGAGCUCCUACCUUGAUGUGAAUAUUGUUGCCAACCAGAGGUUCGAUGCUAAGUGGCUGAAGACAGACUUGCAAGAGGCUAUACGCACUCCCCAGCUUGCCACUUCCUGGAACGAGCUUGUCAAAGACGGCGAGCUAUUCGGCGACUUCAGUGAAUCCCUGCUCAAUUCGGCAGGAGCUCUAGCACGCAAGGGAGAGAAUGGAGUAUAUUACUGUGGUCUUAGAGUUAUCAAUUGCACAUGUUGCGACGGGGUCUGUGGUCCUCAGAGAGGCUGUAAUUGUGGGCCGUGUCAACAGCUGACCCUAGAUGCACCUUUGCUUCAAGCAAAGCCAAAAAUCAUUCCAUCUCAACAGCUAAUCAAUUCAUGGACCUGGUCUCAAGAUCAAAUUUUCGAUGACUUAUUGAAUUCUUUACAUUCGCUACACUAUGAGCAAAGGGAACUUUGUAGAUUUGUUGCUGGAAGUUCACUUUCUUCAUGCAGGCUUAGACAAAGGCUCAUGGUCUGUCAUAGGUAUUUUGUUGCACUGGGUCGCCAAAGGCCACAAGAAACUGUCAAAAAGGAUGACAAGAAAGGUAGUAAUGUUAAAAACAAUAUCAUCACCCUUUCAAAAAAGACGACGCCACUGAAAAUUAGUGAAAAUGCGUCUGCGGGUUUGGCAAAAGUGGGCACACGAGCAGCUCUGAAUUUUUCGUUUGCUUUCUUGCGGCGUGCCUGGAGGUCUGGAGAGGAUGCAGACCUUUGUACGGAGAUCCUUCACGAGUCAUUGGAAGCACUGCAGUCUCUGCCUGAGGCCAACCUGUUUGACGAAUGUGGCGUAUCGACUGUCUGGAUGGAGGUUGUAGACCGAUCUACAAAAUUCUUAAGACAAGUCGUUCUUGGAGAUGACAACAGUGGUAAUGCUGUUCAGGAAAUUCCCGUACAUGAUCAGCAUUAUGCUUUAUGCUUAUUAUUAGAACUAGCCGUCCAACGUGCAACUUUAAGCCAUAUAUUAGAUGCUAUUUUACUUCUUCUUCUUAUUUAUAACAAAAGGACUGAAUUUAGAGAUAAUAGGAUUAAUAUAGUUUGCAACAACCCACCUUUAGUACCAUUACUUAGAAGACUGGCUAAAAUAGAACCUUUUAAAGCACCAUCAAACAACGAGAUGUGGAAUGAUGGAGGGAAUUUAAAAGUGAGUGCAACAGAAUGUUUUCUUCGAUACCUCCAGCUUCCUGAAAACGACUCUGAGCCGGUUGAUCUGCAGCUGGCUGCAAUUGUUUUAAUGGCACAUCUUGAUCGGCUCGCCGGGCCUUAUCUUCCACCACCGACGUUUCUAGAUAAUUCCAAGAUGUUUCAAGAAGUCAGGGCUUGGGGCUGGGUGCCAUGGAGGCUCCAGGAAGGGCCUCAGGCCUGUGAGCAACUCGGUGAACUCGGCGUUGUCAAAAUGGCCUGUUCUGAAAAGCUAGUUCUUGUACUCACAUCCAAUGGUCAAGUUUAUAUAAUUUCUCAUACAAACGGAACACUGUGCCCGGAAAAAAUAGAAGCCUUCUCAGGCAAGGAAAUCAUAGAUAUCUGCUGUCGCGCUGACGGGAAACAUUUUCUGGCCUUGACACGUGACAACGAAGUCUACUCUUGGGGAGUUGGAGAUGGAGGGAGGCUCGGACACGGAGAUAUAAAAACACGCCAGGAGCCAGUUAUCAUUCAAGCGCUCUUAUCACACACUAUUGUCAAAAUUGCCUGUGGAAGUAGUUACAGUGCUGCUGUUACUGACAAAGGUGAAUUGUUUACAUGGGGAAGAGGCAAUUACGGUCGUCUCGGACAUGGAAGUAGUGAAGAUGUUGCUGUUCCUACUAUUGUUUCUGCUUUAAAAGGCCUGCACAUUGUUGACAUCGCUUGCGGAAGUGGGGAUGCUCAGACUCUUGCGGUAACUGAAGCGGGCUUGGUUUAUUCAUGGGGCGAUGGCGAUUAUGGAAAAUUAGGACGAGGAGGAAGCGACGGAAGCAAGUUGCCAAAGCUGGUUGAAACGCUACAAGGUGUCCAUAUCACAAGGGUAUUCUGUGGGAAUCAGUUCAGCCUGGCUUUGACGGCGAACGGCGAGCUCUACUCCUGGGGUAAAGGUGAUAAUUUCAGGCUCGGACAUCCAUCAGAGGAACAUGUCAGAUAUCCAAAAGUCAUAUCAGCGCUUAAAGACAAAGUAGUGAAGGAUGUGGCUGUCGGAGUUGUUCAUGCCGUUGCACUCACAGAUACUGGCGAGGUUUAUACCUGGGGGAAAAAAGAAUACGCUUUAAUAGGCGAAACGACUUUAAUAGAAGAGCCGAUUCCUGUUAACGUCCUUUCAACCGGACAAGUAAUUGGCAUUGCAGCAGGACCGACUCAGUGUUUUGCAUGGGGAACAAGCGAGAGCUGGAAAGUCAGUUUAAAAGUACCUUUCGUCGUUGAUGUCUGUUAUGAAACUUUUAUGCACCUGGACCAAAUUCUGCAACAGUCGUGUGAAGGCGCUACUGGAAAUUCUGAUUGGCCACCUUCUCAAAAUAAAGAAUGUAUGAUUGUAGCGAGUCUCAAUCUUCUCAGGCUUCAGCUUCAUUCUAUGACAGUGCACAAUGUCGAUGUGAAAAAAGUAGGCCUGGAGACAGGAUCUACACUCCUGAACAGUCUGAAGCAUAUUGUAGUUGAAUUGGCAAGCAACAGUGGCGUACUUGAGACGAUUCAAUCAGCAGCGCAGGCAACUUUGCAAGCUGGGUGGAGCAUACUUUUACCGACUGUUGGAGAAAGAGCAAAAACGUUAUCCUCACUUUUGCCUGCUGCAGAUUGGCGAGGAAGUAAUAUAAGCCAAGGGCAACAUUUCAUGACAGACUUGUUAGUAUCGAGUCUCAUGGCAGAAGGUGGGCUUGAAUCAUCACUUGAGGCAGCAAUCAAAGCUGAGCAUAUAGAACUCACAGGAGGCAGUAAUCCUGAGUCUGAACAAAAAGAUAAAUAUGAUAAAAGCAUGUCAUCAGUCCCUUUAUUUUACCUCAUCAAGCAGCUUCUAAGAAAUUGCUUAUGGCACACGGAAUCAAGACUGUCAAAAAUCGGAAAUGACAAUCUGCAAACUCAACAGAUCUCACCUAGUCUGAGCCUUCUUCUUAGGUUCCAGAGGCUUCUACUUGCCCAUAUUUACCCACACAGCACUAAAGAAAAGAUGUCUUCAGAACAAAAUAAAUAUGGGGCGGAAGCUUUGUUGAAAAAAUACAUUGAACAGCUAUGCACACAAGUGACAGGGACUUUGGACACAGCGGCACAGAUCGCAUCCCAAGGAAAUAAACAUCAACACCUAGUGUUUUCUGUUUUACGCGGAAGUUGUAUAGAAACACUCUUGCCCGAGUUGAUCUUUUUGCUAGUCAUGCUUCAUGAAGACAUGCAGCUUCUUAUGCAAGGCGAGGAUUGGCUUCACAUGUUCUUGCCUCUGUUGGACUCGCUCGAAUCGUUGAACCGUUGCAACUCAAACCUAGAGAAAGAGGACGAUGACGACAUCUCAUGGCCAGGUGUGGUCAACUCGCUAGGAAUAACUAAAUCAAAAACUGGUGACGAUAUGUCCUUUAUUCGCAAGGCUGAUCUCGAAAAUCACAACCGCGAUGGCGGUUUAUGGAUUUUAAUAAACAACAAAGUCUAUGAUGUUCAAGAUUUGAGGUGUAAUGACGCUUAUAGUGAAUUCAUCCAAAAAAUAGUUAAUGAAGGAACAAAUGGAUCGAACCAGUUAAACUUAUCACAAUUCCCCAUGGAUCUUUUACAAUCAUAUUGCGUUGGAACUUAUAUUGAUCCUGAUGAAGAUAUUUUUAAGUCUGGGGUGGAUACAAGUUGCGGUUCCACUCUUCUUGAUGCUGAACGUGCCCUUGGCUACCUUCUCGGCCUCCAUGCAUACUCACUUUACAUAAGCACACCUUGUCAACCGUCUGAGGACGAAUCAUCUCUAUGGCUUACGGCCGACUUUCUCAAAGGAGGAUUGCAUGUCCUGACUCCACCGAACCCUUACGAAGAAAAGGGAGAAGCGAGAAGUACAGGGUCGACACCGACAGAGCCGACCUCCCCAUUGUCACAUUCCUUACAAUUGGACAACGACCUUGGUGUUUCUGAACAAGCUUUGGCUUCUUUGUUAUCGUCAAUCGAUCAACAUUGCAAACAGCAGAAUCUCCUCGUACAUUCUGAUUUCAAUCACGACCACCCUGUCGAAGAGGUGACAAAGCUUCUUUUAGCAGUUUUAAUAAAACAUCUUGCACUCGGGCCAAUAAUUUAUACACAAGAUAAAAAUUUAGGAUCGACUUAUCUGGGCUCGAUUGCAAAAGCUAUUCAUCAGACGAAAUGGAAAUUAGUCAAAAUGCGUCAAGAACAGAACCGCUCUUAUAAAGAAGUAUGUGCACCCAUUAUGGAAAAGUGCAGAUUCCUUCUUUAUGAAGUACGAGCUGCUACAAGCCACGAGUUGAACGGAUUGAAAAAUCUGCACUUGCUAUAUACAGAGCCUACUUGGAAAAGAAAAAUCCACAGUUACUUUUCAAAGCUGAAACACACAAAAAAUUUCAAUACUAGUCAUUGUAAAGGUGAUGGUCCAGAUAUGAAAAGUAAAAAAUGCAAUCUUGAUAAGACUGAUAAAAACAGUAAAAUAAAAGAGUCAAGUUUUGAAGAACCAAAUAGUUAUCCAGUCAGAGGAAGUAAUGAUGUCAGUUUGAUGAACAGCAUCAUAGAAUUUGUAACUCAGGAGGACAGCACUGACAUCGAGACUUUAAGAAAAGCCAUGUACAGCCAAGUCGAGAGGGCUUGCAUCAGAAAGCGCGGGCUUGACAUGAUGUUAGAACUUCUGUCUAAAAACCAUUUGAUACCUUCUGUGAGAUACAACAUACACAACGGAUGGUUGGGGCCCAUCUAUUCUAAAAACAUACCCAGAAGGGUGACAAAAAAUUCGAUGGACGAUAUCCAAUUGGUAACACCAAAUUUGAAACUUGAAGUGAUUUUGGCCAAGAGCAAAAUAAUUGAAUGGGCGACCAACAGCCUCAGGAAGUCAGUUUAUCAAGGCUGGCAGUGGAACAAAGUUUACUCAAGGAAUAUGUCAACCAGGAAAUUAUCUUGGACUAGAUUCGUACUUGUCACACUGGCAAUGUUGACUGAAAAACUGGAUGGAAAUGAAUUAAGUUUGAUUAUCAACUCAGGGAUUUUAUCACUGAUAGAAAUUAUUCUAAAAGAUGUUGAUUCAGAUAGUACAAAUGAAGACGCUGAAAAAGAUGUAAAAGAGAUACAUGUUAUAUAUGAAGAGCACUCUUCAAAUUAUAAACAAGAAAUUAACGCAUUCAAUGGCAGUGAUGUCGCUGCUAUGCUUCAAAUAGGGACAAGAGUGGUACGAGGUCCUGACUGGAAAUGGGGAGAUCAAGACGGUUCGCCUCCUGGUGAAGGCAGGGUGAUCGCUGAGCUUGGAGAGGACGGCUGGAUUCGGGUGCAGUGGGAAAAUGGCUCGUCUAAUUCGUACAGGAUGGGCAAAGAAGGAAAGUUCGAUUUGAAGCUGGCCCAUCCUCCUAUAGCUGAAGACAAUGACGCCGAGCUUGAAGCCGAGCUCGAACAGAACAAGUGUUUCAACUUUUUGGAAGAUGGCAAUCCGAACAGCGUUCUGAGACAGUCCUCAGUGAUGCUUUUGUGGUCGCUGGCUCUAUCUUGUGGUCUCCAUGCUGAAACGAUGCAGCCUUCUAGCCUGAGGCUUUUUACAAGUUUGCUGAGGACGCUAACAAAAGAAUCCCCCACGGAUUGUCUCGUGUCGCUGGUUCAAAGCAGACACUGGGCGAGUCUCGGCUUAAUAAAGGCCAUCUGCCUAAACCCCGUGAUCUGCAAGUCGCUCUGCACGAAGCCCUGGCUCGACCAGCUCUUCUCCCUGGUGACAUGGCAGUCGUCGUCCGAUCUCCAAACGCAGCUCUUGACAUACCGACUUAUGAAGAAGAUCCUUCCAACCGGCCUUUCUGAAAUUGAAGACCGGUACACUGUUCUAGAAAGGCUUCUACACCUUCUCGGUGAAGUUGCAAUCACCUGCCACGCCGAUAUUCAUGUCUACAAUGGCGAAAUAAAAGUUCCUGUAUUGCUGACACCUUCGCAUACAAGUACUUUAGUAGAGGAAUGCAUCAGCUUGAUAAGAAAAUUACAUUCACUGCAGGAGUGGAAUAGUGUUUCUAAUCAACUGCUUACUUCUAAAUUAACGAUCGCUGGAGAUCUUCUUGCCCACCCACUCUUGAACCUACAGAAUGAAAUUGAUCCUGACACAGUUACAAUGCAAUGUAGUGCCAUGGCGGCACUGCUCGUUUUAGGCGGUAUAGAUGCAAGACCGCAUAUUGGCUCUAAUGUCUCUGUGCACGGAACUGCAGAUGGCGUGAUGUGUAAAAUAACAAAGCGUGGUAAAGUUGUGGUCCAGAUGGAUGAAAACUCUUCGAGUAACAUACGUGUCGUCAGCUUACACGCAAUCAAAUCUCAUGCGCAGCCUCAGUUCUGCCUUGACCAAAUGCCGAUGACUGAUUCACUACUGGAAACAUGGGCGACCCUUCUAUCUCUAACGACAUACUCGCAUUCUUUUAAGACUGUUCCUGCAGGAUGUAUAAACAUGCCACUUCUUCAUAACCAACAGCAAGUGUUAGCCGCUGUUAAAGCUUGCAGGGUGCUUUUGCAAUACCAGAGCCGGCUCAGGAGGGUGUUAAAGCAGCCGUAUUCAUUCUUGGAAACGCUGAAUGAGUGCGAUGAUACAGACACAGACCCACAUUCGCUUUUAAUACACCAGCUCAUAUUGAACGCAGUGCAGCCGUCACCGCUUAAAUCAGACUACACUCGUGAAGAGCUAGAGGAAGCUGCGAUCUGCGUGAGCCAGUAUCUAGCAAGCCAGGCAUUUGUGACCUCAGAGGCAGAAAAUAAGUCAAUAAAAGUACCGGCUUCUAUGAUCGGCUCGACGGUUUCUCCCAUGCCUAUGUCAAUGUCAAUGACAACACCUCUUAUCCAACAACUGAAUGAAAUGGGCUUUUCAAAAAGAGCGGCUGAAACUGCAAUAAGAGUUUUAAGCGGAGGACCUGGCGGCGAUAUUGCGCUCAAUAUAGAUCGGGUUGUCGCCUGGUUGGUGGACCAUCCUGAUGAACAGAUGUCUCGAUCUGCAUCAAUUUCAUCAUUUGAAGCCCUCUCGGAUAGAGAAUCAUUAUCAGAGGAUUGUAUCUCAGCAGCUGAGGAAGUAUCAAAUUCUGCAGUACAGUACAACAAGAGAAGCGAUUUUCUAAGCAAUGACGAAUAUGCAAUGUAUGUUAGGGACAACGUGGCCCCCGGGAUGUUCGUGAGGUGCUGCAAAGCUUAUGAAGAAGUUGCAGAAUCUGACGUCGGACGUGUGAUCAAAGUCGAUCACGAAGGUUUACACGAUUUGAAUCUUCAGGUCGACUGGCAAGGAAAAGGAGGUCUUUAUUGGGUAAUGUUCGUUCACGUAGAAAUGCUUGGUUUUUCGUCCCAUGUCAUCCCGCCUCCUCCGAUUAAAAUCGGCGAUAAAGUCCGUGUGAGGUCUUCAGUCACAGUUCCAAAAUUUAAAUGGGGUUAUAUCGACCAUAAUAGCAUUGGUGUUGUUAUAGGCGUGAGUUACAGUGGGCGAAGAGUGACUGUAAAUUUCCCAGAACAGAGUAAUUGGACAGGUUUGAUCUCAGAGAUGGAAGUGGUGCCGUCAUGCCACAUCGACAUAAUGUGCAACGGGUGCAGCAUGUCACCCAUAUCAGGUCCGAGGUUCAAAUGCAAGGCCUGUGAUAAUUUCAACUACUGUGAAAAUUGUUUCUACACGCAGAAAGUACAUCGGCACUCGUUCAACAGGAUCACCGAGCCUGGAAGUGCUGCAGUGUUCGCUGGAAGACCGGGGAGAUACAUCAGACAAGACUUUCCAACUGUCGAACCUGACGUAAUCGGCGAUUGGAUCCAGUCGUUUUCAGUUUCAAGCAGGGAAAACAUGGCUCUCAACCUUUUCGACUACAGCGGAGACAAUUAUUGGCAGAGUUCUGGUCUACAAGGAAAACAUUGGAUCCAUUUAGACAUGCAACCUGAUGUACUGAUUCAAUCACUCAAGAUUAAAGUCAACCCUGCUGACAAUAGUUAUAUCCCUUCUUUAAUUGUUGUCAGCGGAGGCAUUAAUUAUUCUUCAAUGCAAGAAUUAGCAACCAUUUCCAAUGGAAAUAAUGAUACAAUUGUCACUCUUCUGACUGACGUUAAAGAGUAUUAUCCCUGCAUUGAAAUUGCAAUCAAAUACUGUUGGAAUAAUGGCAUCGAUUGUAAAAUCCAUGCUUUGUACAUAACCGGCAAAAAGAAGCCGCAUUUGCACGAUCUCAACUCUGCGGUUUCCUUCCUCGCAAGUGAUACAAGUGAAAUUGGAGAACUGAACCGACCAUACAGCAACACUAACGGUAGUUCAGCGUUCAAAGUAUUUGUCUGGGGCCUGAAUGACAAGGAUCAACUCGGUGGACUCAAAGGCUCAAAGAUUAAGUAUCCUGUGUUUUCGGAGAUGUUAUCCGCCCUAAGGCCAAUUUACAUAGCCGGAGGGUCUAAAUCACUUUUUAUUGUGACUCAAGAAGGAAAAGUUUUCGCCUGUGGAGAAAGCACAAAUGGAAGGUUGGGCCUAGGCCAUACAAAUAAUGUUUCUGUACCUCGCCAGUUGACAACACUUAGCCAGUAUGUUGUUAAAAAAGUUGCUGUCCAUUCUGGAGGUAAACAUGCUAUGGCUUUGACAAUAGAUGGAAAGGUGUUUUCUUGGGGUGAAGGAAGCGAUGGAAACCUUGGCCAUGGAAAUACUCAGAGUCUUGAAAAGCCUAGAAUGAUAGAAGCAUUGAAAUCUAAGAAAAUCAGAGAUAUUGCGUGCGGAAGCUCGCAUUCAGCGGCGAUUACUUCCAACGGUGAGCUUUACACUUGGGGCCUUGGUGAAUAUGGAAGAUUAGGUCAUGGUGAUUGUGUCACCCAGUUGAAACCGAAAUUGGUCAAAGCACUGGCCGGUCAUCACAUAGUGAAAGUUGCCUGCGGCAGCCGUGACGCCCAAACCCUCGCGCUCUCCAGCAAAGGGCUGGUCUUUUCCUGGGGAGAUGGGGAUUUCGGGAAACUCGGUCGUGGCGGGAGCGAAGGUUGCGAUUUGCCUCAAAACGUCGAGAGGCUCAACGGCCUCGGCGUUUGUCAUAUUGAAUGUGGCGCACAAUUUUCCCUAGCUCUCACAAAAGCCGGACAGAUAUGGACUUGGGGGAAAGGAGAUUAUUUUCGCCUUGGAAUCGGUGCUGACCACCAUGUGAGAAAACCCACUGUGAUAGAAUCACUUAAAUCAGAGAAAAUAAUUGAUGUUGCAGUCGGUGCUCUUCAUUGUUUAGCUGUCUCAGAAUCUGGAGCUGUUUACAGCUGGGGAGACAAUGAUCACGGUCAACAAGGGAACGGUACAACGCUUGUUAACAGAAAACCAACACUUGUCCAUGGUUUUGGUGAAGUCAAGGUGAACCAAGUCGCCUGCGGAUCGUCCCAUUCGGUUGCUUGGGUCGCACCAGACAUAAAACCUCCGAUGACACAUGAACCUGUAUUGUUCUCCAAGGCAAAAGAUCCUCUCGGGACGAGCAUUUUAGAACUGGGUGAAGGCGAUUCAACCAAAGAUUCGCAAAACUGUGGCAAUGCCAAUUACCAGAGGGAAUCUCUUGCUCAUAACAUUUUAUCCCUUGAUUCAAACGUCGCAAAACAAAAUGCACUGCAACACAUCUUAAACGGCCUCAGGAUUCUAUAUGCAAGGGACACUGUAGUAGCAGCUCUAAGGAAUCACACAAGAGCUCAAGAACCACCUGCGAAUGAUGACAUCGUCGAUGAAUGCGGAACUUCUUUUAUCGGCGGGCAAAACAACACAGAAAUAGCACAAGGUGGGGGAGAAGCACCUGCUUCUGAGGCUGAAAUUGUCGCACUGAACAACAAGUGGUCACCAGACAGCACAGAAAGUCCAAUUGCAGCUUUUCCUUCUUUAACGACAAGCUCGACUAGCGUAUCAUCGAGGACUUCGAGAAUGUCAGCCAGCGCCAUGAGCAUCAUUGCAGCAACUAUAAAAUGCAACCCUCAAAUGACCCCUAACAUGGUAGAUGUACAGAGUAUGCUUGGGAUAUCAGAUUCAAAUGCAACAGAAAAUAGCACAUGCGACGAUUUCACUGCAUUACUUGGUUUGAAUGAAGCUAGGUUAUUAGUCGAUUUAUUGAAACUUGCAGUCGUCAAUCGGGCUGGAGACAACGCUAAAGAAACACUGACUUCUGUCUUAAUUGGUAUCGCUAAGAAUCAGAGCAGUGCAGCAAGCAUGCUCUUAGAGUUGUGUGUCACUGAGUUAGAAGAUGUGGCACUCAAUAACAACAAUUUGAUAUCCGUGCCGAUGCCAGUCGUGAGGGAAAGCAGCCAUCCGUACAUUGACGACGUUUCAUUAUCUGGAACGGUAAAGAUACCCGGCGCUGAAGAGCUUAGGGUCGUUUUUGACCGUUCUUGCUCUACUGAAAGGCGGCACGAUCCGCUCUGUAUCAUGGACCCCACUGGCAAAACGCUCGCAGUCAAAUCCGGAAGAGAAUGGUCGGACUGGAGCACCCCUGUCACCGUACCUGGUGAUGAGCUUAAAUGGAAAUUCACAAGCGAUAGUUCAUUGAACGGCUGGGGUUGGAAAUUUACAGUAUAUCCUAUCAUACUUUUACAAAACCAACUCGGAUGCGAUAGAAAUGUACUCAGUAAACCUUCGGUCGAGGUUGUAAUGUGUCUAUUGGAACCUUGCCUCUCAUUGACAACCCAGCACACACUGAUAACAAGGCUCGCAGCAGCUCUCGCUUCCUGUGCUCAAUUGAGUUCUUUAGGGGCAAAAGAAAGGAUGUGGUGUAUAGAAAGGUUGCACGAUGUAAUAAGAUCUCCAUUGGGCAAACUUUUAGACAUAACGUCAAUGCUACAGUCAGACUGCAUAGACAGUUCGCUUUCAUGUUUACUCAAAACGAUGCCGGUUGCACUCCUUAAACAGUUUGAGUAUGAAGAUCCUGCUGUUAAAGGAGGCAAACAGCUAAUGCAUAGCCCGUUUUUCAAGUCUUUAGUAGCACUUGCUGCUGAUCUCAAUUUGGACAGUUUACCUUGUACCAGUGAUGUCCACAAAUGGGUCUGGUUCAGGAGAUACUGCAUGGGUGUGCGAGUUGCUACAGCGCUUAUUAGAAGGACACCUCUUCCACCGCAAUUUUGUCAAGAGGUUCAGAGUAAGAUCCUCGAGCUGAUCCCAAGAAAUGAGGAGCUCACAUUAGAUCAUGAGAAUCAUGAGGUGUUUAAACAGGAGCAUGACGAGCAACUACUGCUCUGGCUGAACAGGGGAGACGAUUGGAGACUAUCUUGGGGCGGCUGUGGUGCCAUUUACGGAUGGGGGCACAACCAUCGUGGCCAGCUUGGAGGUGUGGAAGGUGCCAAAGUCAGACUUCCUACCAUAUCGGAAUCUCUUUCUGCCCUUCAUCCUAUACAAUUAGUCGGAGGAGAACAGACAUUAUUAGCAGUAACUCCCGACGGGAAAGUUUAUGCAGCUGGUUAUGGUGCAGGAGGCCGAUUAGGCAUUGGAGGGACAGAUACAGUCCUCUCACCAACUUUAGUGGACACUCUGCAGACUGUUUUCAUCAAGAAAGUCGCCGUGAACUCAGGUGGCAAACACUGCCUGGCGUUGUCCGCCGACGGCGAUGUCUAUUCGUGGGGUGAGGGUGAGGAUGGCCAAUUGGGCCAUGGGAACAAGAUGAACUGCGAUCGGCCUUUUGCAAUUGAAGCCUUGCACGGAAAGAACAUUGUGGACAUUGCAUGUGGUGGUGCUCACUCUGCAGCCAUAACGGCAAACGGAGAACUGUACACAUGGGGCAAAGGGCGGUAUGGAAGGCUCGGUCAUGGCGACAGUGAAAACCAACUGAAACCAAAACUUGUUGAAGCACUGUUGGGAUAUCAUGUUUUUGAUGUUGCUUGCGGAAGUGGCGAUGCUCAGACACUUUGCAUAACUGAAGACGACAGCGUUUGGUCCUGGGGAGACGGCGACUACGGCAAGCUUGGACGAGGAGGAUCAGACGGCUGCAAAAUCCCUCAGAAAAUUGAGUCCCUUGCUGGCCUUGGUGUGAUAAAAGUCGAAUGUGGAUCCCAGUUUUCUGUCGCAUUAACACGAUCCGGGAGCGUUUAUACUUGGGGGAAAGGUGACUAUCACAGAUUAGGACAUGGUUCGGAUGAUCAUAUUAGAAGGCCGAAAAAAGUUGCUGCUCUUCAGGGAAAGAAGAUCAUAUCAAUAGCGACAGGCUCUUUACAUUGUGUGGCAUGUAGUGAUCAAGGUGAGGUAUUUACAUGGGGUGACAAUGAUGAAGGACAGCUUGGAGAUGGUACAACUAGUGCUAUUCAGAAGCCCCGAUUGGUUGUUGCUCUACAGGGUAAAAAGAUUACAAGGGUGGCAUGUGGGUCGGCGCAUACACUUGCUUGGUGCACCGACAAACCGCUUUCUAGUAGCAGGGUGCCAUCAAAGGUGCCGAUGGAGUAUGAUUUACUUAGGGAUUUCCCGACGCCUGUUUUGAGAAAUCGACUGGUCCUGUUACACCAUGCAUCUGACCUCCUGUGUCCUAUAGUAACAAUGUUACCACUUAAUGGAGAGAUUAGUCUUAACUCUCUGCGGUCCAUUCUUGUAUAUGCAACUAAAGAGACAACGUUCAGAAAGGUUGUUCAGAGUACGAUGAUACGCGAUAGGCAGCACGGGCCGGUCGUCGAGCUCAAUCGUAUCCAGGUGAAACGCUCCAGAGCCAAAGGUGGUCUUGCCGGCCCAGACGGCAUGAAAUCCGUAUUUGGUCAGAUGGUCUCGAAAAAAGGCUUUCUAACACAAGAAUCUUUAUUUUUACCCCAUAGAAUAUGGAAAGUCAAAUUUGUCGGCGAGAGUGUCGACGAUUGUGGCGGUGGGUAUAGCGAGAGCAUAGCUGAAAUGUGCGACGAACUGCAGAACGGCUCGCUGCCUCUUUUAAUCCCAACUCCCAAUGGCAGAGACGACACAGGGACGAAUCGUGACUGUUUUCUGCUCAACCCUCAUGCCAACACGGCCUUGCAUAUCAACAUGUUCAAAUUCCUUGGUAUGCUGAUGGGUAUAGCGAUACGCACUGGAAGUCCUCUCAGUCUCAAUCUGGCCGAACCGGUUUGGAAGCAGCUUGCAGGGAUACCGCUCACUUUAGCCGACCUGACUGAAAUCGACAGGGAUUACAUACCUGGUCUUUUGUGCAUUAGAGAUAUGAACAGUGAAGACAAAGACCUCCAUACUUUAGAUAUGCCAUUUUCUAUACCAUCUUCUGCUGGCAUAGAUGUCCCUCUGUCAUCGUGUUACCGCCGAAUAACUCACAGCAACAAACACGAGUACAUAAGGCUCGCGUUAAACUACAGGUUUCAUGAGUUCGACGACCAGAUCCAGGCUGUGAGGGAGGGAAUGGCAAAAGUAAUCCCGGUCCCGCUUCUCUCGCUCUUCAGCGGAUACGAGCUUGAAACUAUGGUCUGCGGUUCACCAGAUAUACCACUGAAUUUACUCAAAUCUGUUGCAACCUACAAAGGUGUUGAUGUGACAUCAUCUCUUGUCCAAUGGUUCUGGGAAGUAAUGGAAGAGUUCACAAAUCAGGAAAGAUCUCUUUUCCUCAGGUUCGUCUGGGGACGGACUCGCCUCCCAAGGACGAUCGCUGACUUCAGGGGUCGGGAUUUUGUCUUACAAAUAUUGGAUAAAUACAACCCUCCAGAUCAUUUCUUACCGGAAAGCUAUACUUGCUUUUUUCUUCUUAAAAUGCCACGAUACUCGUCUAAGGCAAUACUUCGUGAAAAAUUAAAAUAUGCCAUUCACUUCUGCAAGAGUAUUGACACGGAUGAGUACGCCAGAGUGGCAAUGCCAGGGAGUACACACACAUCUACGAACAGUGAUAGUGAUGGGCUUGAAAGCUUUGCCAGUGAAGAUAUCGCUUCGAUCACCUAGUCAUGAAGAAAAGAGAGAAAAAAAAUGAAAAGUGCAAUUUUUAUUUCAUUCGCCUCCAGAUCGUUUGUUAUAAGCCCCUGUUUUUCCUUGUUUCCUAUUUUUUGUUUCAUUUUUCUUUUUUUAAUGAUAAUUUACACAGUCUAUUGUAUAUCGUGU